ACCACACAAUAGUCUAUCCAACAGAAAAUGAAGAAAUAAAUACUCAACUUACCACCAUACAUUUCCAACAAAAACAAAAGGAAGGAAGAUAUGGUGAGUGGACAAGUUUCCCAUGAGUUGGAAGUGGCAGCACCGGCCGCCAAAGUUUGGGAAAUCUACGGCACUCUUCAGCUGCCGAAACUGGUCGAGGAAAACCUCACAACUAUUCUGGAAAAGAUUGAAGUAGUUGAAGGCGAAGGCGGUGUUGGCACUGUUUUAAACCUACAUUUUGUCCCUGGUGUGUUCAAGUUCAAGAGUUACAAGGAGAAGUAUACUAAUGUAGAUGAUGAGAAGCUAGUGAAGGAAGCCGAGGUUGUUGAAGGAGGAUACUUGGACUUUGGUUUCACACUUUACAGAACUCGAUUUGAGAUCAUUGAGAAAAAAGAUGAUGAAAGUGCAGCUGCAGCUUCCUCCAUUAUCAAAUCCACUAUUGAAUAUGAGGUGAAGGAUGAUGAGUAUUCUGCUCAAAAUCUCUCUCUCGUCUCUAUUGAUCCCUUAGCUGCCAUAGCCCUUCUUGCUCAAAACCAACUCACUAAUAAUAGCACCAAUUAAUAGUAAUGCUUAAAUUAAAAUAUUAAAUGCUGUAUAUUUAUAUAUCAUUCCUCUCUUUUAUAUGAUAUCUCUUGUUAUUUUAAAAAAUUAAUCAGUGUGGUCUUUUUUUUCCUUCUGAAAUGGCAUAAUUCUUAUUCCAAUACUACUGCACUUUUAUUUAUUAAAUGAUAUAAUAUUUUGUAGUGGUGUCUUUAUAAAUAAAAGGUUAGGAUUUUUUCAA